CGCCUCGUUCAAUUUCAGCCGCUCUAAGAACGUGGAGUUGUAAACAAGACUGAGACCGGCGUAUAUCGGCGUAACGGCAAAAUGGCACCGAGCAUAGAUGUGGAGUCGGUAAAAAUUUUUGGAUUUUGGGGCAGUAUAUUGGUCCUAAAAAUCCUGGCUAUGGCGGUGCUUACGGGCCGUCAGCGGAUGCGGAAACAGGUUUUCGCGAAUCCGGAAGACGCCGCGAAACAUAAGAAGGCAAAAGUCGCCUUCGAUGACCCAGACGUGGAACGAAUUCGUCGGGCCCAUUUGAAUGACCUUGAAAACGUUGUGCCAUGGUUCAUAGUCACUUGGCUUUGGCUAGGCACGGGUCCAUCGACGUGGUUGGCCGGUUUGUUGAUCCGAGUUUUCGUCCUGUCCAGGAUUCUUCAUACUGUCGUAUAUGCAGUUGUUCCUCUCCCCCAGCCUUCCAGGGCCAUUGCCUUUUUCCUAGGAUAUUUCGUCACUUUCUACAUGGCAGCUGCAACGAUAUUGCAUUAUUCUUACUGAUUCAUUUACAGUAUUUUUUCAAAUCAGUCUUUUAAUUUAAUUCAAUCAGGGAAAGCUUGUACAACGCACUAAAUGUCAAGUACAAAUCAUGAUUUAAACUAUAUAUUACACUCGUAUCAAAAAAAUAUGAAGCUGAAGUUUAUAACCUUAAUGUGACAAUGCAUUUUUUACGACGAAUUGUUAUUUCGCAACUUUUUUACGACGGUGGGAAAUUCAGUAAACUGUUAUAAUGCAAUACAGACUUAUAUAUUUUGCAAUCUUAAAUAAUUUAUAGGCAUUCUAAAACUAAAGAAUUUAGAGAUUUGUUAUAAACGUUUAGAUAUGUUAUCAUUACUAUUCCUUAACGGGGAAAAACCUUCGUGCCACACCUUCAGAAUUUUCAUUUUAUUGCGUUAUGUUUGUACCAUAGCUAUUAUAAUUAUGUGACUUGUUACUGUUCGAAAAAUAUAUUUUCGAAUGAAGUGGUUCUAUCAUUCAUUUACACUUACCCA